AUGGCCGCCCUCUAUGAAAAAUACGGGCUUGCUAGGAGCGCUCAGGACUUUAUUGGCCACGCUCUAGCAUUACAAAGCGAUGAUUCAUAUCUCACACGGGAGGCUCUUCCUACAUGCAAUGCCAUCGCUCUUUAUAUGAAUUCGGUAACAAGAUUUGGGAAAUCUCCAUUCAUUUACCCACUUUUCGGUCUUGGCGACCUUUCCCAGGCAUUUGCAAGAUUGGGCGCAGUUCAUGGAGGCACCUACAUGCUUAAUGUAGGUGACGUUGUGCUGCUUGAACAAGCAAAUGAGCACGGUCAGGUUAUUUCCGGGGUGCGGACCGUUCCUGUGGAAGUACAUUCUAAUGGUGCUGGAAAAGAAGCAUCUAACAGCCAUCCAGCAGCAAAUUUAUCUUCUCCCAUCGGUACGUUUCAGUGCAGGCGAGGAGUGAUCGGAGAUCCUUCAUAUUUUCCUUCAUUUGUGGAAACAAAAUCAAAAAUCAUUCGAGCCGUUUGUAUCCUACCUGGCCCAGUGCCGCACACAGGGGGUAUUGACUCGUUACAAAUUAUCAUCCCACAGCGCGAGCUGCUUCGGCUAUCAGAUAUGUAUAUAACGGUGCUUUCACAUGCACAUGGUGUGGCUCCGUCUCCUUUUUUCCUUGCCUAUAUUAGCACGUUGCAGGAACAGGAGCACUUGGACCCUAUUGAUGAAAUCUCAUCAGCGCUAGCACUACUUGGUCCAGUUCUGGAAUGCUUUGUCUUCAUCUCCAAUUAUUGCGUGCCGGCAAAGAACAGCUCUUGCCCCCAAAAUCUUUUCAUCUCCCGCUCCUACGACUCAUCGAGUCAUUUUGAGUCUGUGUGUGCAGAUGUCAAGGAGUUGUAUCAUCAGAUAACUGGACGUCACAUCGAGACAAUACUCCAGAAAGACCAGGUCGAUGUUAAUAAAUAA